AUGGCACCAGAUAGUAGCACCGACAAGAUCCCUCUUUGGCUCGAUUGCGAUCCAGGGCACGAUGAUGCCUACGCUCUCUUGCUUGCUGCCCACGAUCCGCGCGUCGAUCUCCUAGGCGUCACGACCGUCCAUGGCAAUGCUUCCCUCGAGCAAACAACGUUCAAUGCCAGAGGCAUGCUGGAGGCCUUGGGAAAGCGCAAUAUUCACGUCUAUCCGGGCGCGGCGAAGCCAAUCGUACGCGAAGCUGUCCACGCCGCCGAUAUUCAUGGUGAAUCUGGCUUGGACGGCGUUACAUUGCUCCCACAGCCCAUUGAACCGGCGGUGACCGAUGUCGACUAUCUGGAAGCGAUGUACAAGGCCUUGAUUGGUACACCACCGGAGACUGCCUGGUUAGUGUCAACUGGGACAUUGACCAAUAUCGGUUUGCUCUUCCAAAAGUACACGGACCUAGCCGGACACUUGAAAGGUCUGAGUAUAAUGGGUGGUGCGGUCGGCGGCGGCUUCACGAACGCUCCAAUGGGCAAGGUCAAAGACGAAGGAGAACGCUUCGGCAAUUGGACUGCUUAUGCAGAGUUCAACAUAUACUGCGAUCCCGAAGCGUCCCAUUUCAUCUUCUCCCAUCCUGUCCUCAGAGCGAAGACGACCCUAAUACCACUCGAUCUCAGCCAUCAAGUUCUCGGAACCAAGACGGUCCGCCAUACGCUGCUAUAUGGCUCCGAGCAACCUCUAGACGCUUCGACCGCAAACACCGAGCAAACACCAUCCCCUCUCCGCGCCCUGUUCACACAGAUCAUGUCUUUCUUUGCCGGUACAUACGCCGAGGUCUUUUCAAUUACCGAAGGGCCGCCGCUACACGACCCGCUGGCAGUCUCCGCGGCUAUCGAUCCAGAAUUCUUCGACGACAACGGAGGCGAGCGCUUCCGGGUAGACAUCGUAACCGAAGGCGUCCAUUCCGUCAAUCAGUUACAAGUGGGGGAGCUAGGAAGGACAAAGGUGACCAAGUUGCCACCUGGCGAAGGUGGCUGCAGAAUACCAAGAGGCGUCGAUCUAGAAAAGUUUUGGGGGAGCAUCGAGAGUUGCCUUAAACGCGCCGACUCAGUCAGUCCCAUGCCGAAGAUAUCUCGCGAAGAGCUGGUAAAGCAUGGGGUCUUCGUAGGCCUAGAAUGA